AUGCUGCACGUUUGGUGGCCCUCUGGGGAGGAAGCAGCUUGCGUUUCUAUCUCACAUGCGGAUCGUGUGCAGCAACUGAAGCAGCGUUUGCACAUGCUACUUCGGGUCUCACGGUUCCUGCAGCGAAUCGUGCAUGGAAACGUGAUCUUGGAUGAUGAUGCCCAGCUGGCAUCGAUCACGGAUGCGCAGCUGGUGGUGCUUCCUUUUCUCAGCACUUCCGAGCAGGGUGCCAACAACUUCUUAAGAGCAGUGCGUGAGAACUCCCAUUUCCUGGUGAUGAACAUGUUGCAAAUGCAGCACGAUCCGAACACGGCCGCGCACUCCCGCAACGAGCACCUCACGCCUAUCGAGGCUGCCGCCAAAGAAGGCCACACAGGGAUGGUAAGCUUGUUGCUGGAGGCGGGAGCGCAGGAUGCGUUUGACGCCGACCAAGUGGCUCUUGCUGCUGCUUCGAGGGCUGGCCACAGGGAGGUGGUCUCCUUGCUCUUGGAGGCUGGUGGUGAUAGGGACUGUGCCCUGCAAGCCGCCUCUUGGGCUGGCCAGGUGCAGAUUGUCCAUCUGUUGUUGGAAAGGCCUGGUGCCUACGAACUAACCGCUCGUGGUUAUCGUGAAAGUCUGGUAGCUGCAUCGGCCACCCUCAACCAGGGUAUCUUGAUCACCCUCGCCAACUAUUAUCUGGAGUGCCUGGCCCCUUGCGAGCGCGAAGACACGCUUCUGCCCAAGCUCUACCCGCUCUACAAGCGCCGAGACUACGACGGCUUCUGUGCGCUACUGCACGUCUUCGCGGCUCGUGCCGUGUGGCCGGAAGAGAUCGCAGUGAAUGACUGGGUGGGGAGUGCCAGUGAUGGCGAUCUCCUGCCGCUUUGCUCGCCCAUCUCGCCAGAUGCAGGCCCCAACCUUUGCGAACCGGCAAUGCCGCUGCUGCCACUGCGCCGGGCUUCGCUGGGCGGUCUCACUGUGCCCAGGGCGCGU